AUGAACUGUGUGUACCAUAGCAAGGCAGCAUGUGUGGAGUUCCUUCAGGCCGUUGAACGCCUGCGCCCGAGUUGGUGGACACCACCGUGUGCAGAGUUUUUGCGUCGCGUGGAGUGCACCCCAACCGUCUCUGUGCAACCAGGUGAAAAGAUACUGGUUGUUUUGGAGGGCCUCGACGGCGUCGGAAAGUCCGUCGUGGCAAAUUCGCUGCUUGAAAAGCUUGGCGGAUCAGCAACACUGCUGCGCACGCCGGAUCCUGGCCUCAGCGACAUCCGCAAGCUCUUCCGCGAGCAGCAGGAGGAAACUGUGCGGGCCUUCUACAGCGCCGCGAAUUAUCUGGCAGCAUGGGACGCGCUCAAUGCCAUCCAGGAGCGAAGGAUUGUGCUGUUUGAUCGCUGGUGGUGCUCCACGUGUGCCAUGGCACUCGCAAACCGUUGCAAGCUGGCGACGCUUCCCGUGGCGAGCGACGCAGUGUACCGGUGGCCGCAUGACCUUCCUCCGUUCCAGCUGGGAGUGCUACUGUACGUUGACGAACACAUCCGUCAGGCACGAAUACGUCAGCGUGCCCCGGAGGAUGCAGAGGAGCGGCGACUCAGUGCGCAGCAGGAGAUGCGUGCGGUUGCGAUGGAGGCGUAUCGUCGCUUUGGCUUGCUCACCGACGUCCAAGUUGCCACGUACGGUGUGGCGGUGAACCGUAUUUUGGCCCUGAUGACGGAGAAGGGUCUGCCGCACAGUGCGACACCCUUCACAGAGGAGGAGUUGGCGGAAAUGAGCCCCUUCUAG